AAUAAAAUAAAGGAAGGAAGAUAGAAAGAAAGAAAGAAAGACAUUGGAAAGGAUGGCGUCGAGGAGGAACGAAGAAACGAGGCCACGUCCUGCUGCGUGUGCAAGGUAUUCGAGGUUAAAUGCGGAUGGUGACGACGACGGGAUUGGCCAGUGAUUUCUGAUUUGAUUAGCAGCUUCAUCGAAUCAGUAGCCACCGGUUACAUCCGACAGUGAUAGAAGAUAGGAAUGGCAACAUGCAGCUACUUCAUUUGCUGUAACCGCUGUAAAAAGAAUCAUUCGCGCUGCGUUAUCCCAACACCACCAACUUUUCAAUCCGCGGAUGGAUGGUUAAAUCGGAUUUUCGGCUCCGGCGGUCUGGUUGGAUUUGUGGUUGGGCCUAGAUUUGGCAUUAAGAAGGAUGGGUUGGGCUCUCACCGGUCUCGGUGUUGGACUAGUCAUUGUCGUCGUCGUUGGUGCUGCUUUGGCUCUUUGCAGAAGAUAUUGCAUUGGUUGGCAAUGGGGUACUAGAAAUAUUUGGAGUAUAUGUGAAGAAUGGAGACAAAGAUUAUCAUGGUUAUGGGCACCACGAGAAGAAAAGGUUGGUCUUGUAAAAGCUCAACAUCCAACAGCACAAACUAUACCAGGUUUAUAUCGACAAACUGGUAAUCCUUCUGAACAUUUGUUGCACAGUGAUAGUGAUUUAAGAUUGGAUGCUCAAGGAGCCUUCACACGAUUCGAAGCUGUGGACAGAGAUCUUCAUCCACCACUUGGUACAGGAAGUAGUAGCACUAUACCACCUCAGCCAUUAAGGCCAGCACCACAACCAAGGCCAACAUCACGUCCAAGACCAUCUCCACUUCAACCUCCUAGCACUGUCGAUUAUUUUCGUAUGCAGGAGUCUGAACCUGGUCCUUUGACACCACCACCGCCCUUACAAAGAACAAUUUCAUCUAGAGGAACUGCAGCCUCCUCGGUUUUCGUCUUCCAAAACGAACCGGUCAAGAAUUAUGGUAUUUUCAAAGCACCUAACGAUCACUCGGCCUUCAGAUUCGAUGGGGAAAGUGGUAAUAUGGGAAAGAUAUUGCAAGAAAAUAUUCAAAUGACACCUUAUACCAUGCAAAAUCAUUCAGAUUCGAGAAUUAUCGGCAGAUACGAUAUUAACGAUGAAAGAAGAAAAGAAACUUACGAUCCAAGGUGUAAUCCUUAUAGACAAUUUGACACAAAUAAUAGAUACAACGUUCAUAAUGCACCUAUAACAGCACUCGACGUUAAGCCUAACAACGAUGAUAAAACGUAUGCCGGUUAUGACGUCGUACAAAGAAAUCAUCAAUUGAGACAGCACGUUAGAAAUGAUUCCAGAGGAUCGGCUAAUAGUUUUGGUUUGACGAAUCAUACCAAUUCAACUAGCCAAACUAUCAUGGAAUCUAUUUAUGGUCCUCAAACAUUAUGCAAGAUGCUUCAAAAUGCUCAAAAUUUGGAGAACGAAUUGGAUCGUAGAAACAACGAGGUUCAAAGUAUUGAAAUGACACCUUUUAGAAGUUCGACCAUUCAAGAUGACGUUGGCACGUCUUAUCUCUACCACGAUAAUUCUUCCACCAAUACUGGUCUACAAAGAGUUUCUCAAUACAUUCAAAGUUUACCUGAUCAUCCUGCAUUCGAUACGAUCAAUGAUCACACAUCGAUCACCCAUCAAGAUCGGGAAGAAAUACUUUAUGCCGAAUCUAUGCAAGCUCAAAUUAAUUCCUCUAAAGUUAACAACAGCGAAUCUGCAUCUAGUCCUAUACCACCACCACCUGCACCACCUGAUCCUCCUACCGACGUUCUCAAAAAGAACGGACCUACUACAGGUGAAAGGAUUUUCAAAGCACUUCGAUCGGUUACAUCGCAAAGUUACAUCGAUGCCUCGGAAUUUUACAAUUCCAUUUUAACGUCAGCUCAACAAGUUCAGCGAUUUACCUUCUCGAGAUCGCCAAGUAUGGUGAACGAGAAUACAGGAAGUCGUUUACAGAACGAGGUACGUGACAUAUACACUGAAACCGAUUCGGACGCCAUUGGCCUUGAUGCUUCCAGACGUAGUUCCGAUCUUUACAGCCCCGAGCUAAACUUGGAAGCUCAUAGAACUGCUCAGGAAGUAUAUUACAGCUUACAGGAUCCACCAUCUUCGCCUUUAUUGUUGAAGGAUCAUAAUCAUGAAUCCUAUACGUUCAUGUCAGAUCCAAGUUUUACUAGAACCUCUGAAGAUAUCUUUAAUAGUUUAGAACAAAGAAGGAAGAGUAUGGAAAGAUUAAAUGGUAUUCACGAGUUUGUUGAACCUGAAACUUGCGAUACUCAAAGACGAAGAAAUAGUCAAGAACUUUAUGCAGUUUUGGAGGACGUUCAAAUGAAAAGAAGAUUAUCACAGGUACAAAGUCUCGAAGAAAAUUAUAUUACGAAUUACACUAUAAACGAACAAGAACGAGAAUCGAAUUCAGGAAGUCGUCGUGGUUCACAGGGACCUGAACCCGAACCUCCACCACCGGAUGAAUCGAAUUUGAAAAGAGCAAUAAGUUGUGAAAGUGUUUGUUCAGAUACCAGUGUGGUAUUGAACGAUCUUGAGGAAGCACCUGUCGUAGGACACGUUUGCGUGGGCUUAGAACACGAAAGAUGGGGUGGACGUGGUACCGAUUCUGAAGGUGAUUUAGCAGUUAGUGUACUUGAAGCCAGAGAUCUCGUAGCACCUGAUGGUCGACCAGCACAAGAUACUUUCGCAAGGGUAUGUCUAUUACCCGAUAGACAAACGCACGUACAAACACGUUUAUACAGAGGUUCACCAUCGCCGAGUUAUCAAGAAAAGUUUUUAUUUCCAUUGGACGGUGGUCCAGCAGGAAGAACACUCUUGGUCGAGGUGUUUUCUGACGAAUCAAGUAUCGGUGGUGGCGCUUCACUUAUCGGCGAAGCUAGUUUAAGAUUAGGCCCAGCGCCAAGACCACCUGCUACCACCUGGCUAAUAUUAACAGGACCUGCCUUACCUACGCCGCACUUGGGUGAGCUCAUGUUCUCUCUGAGCUACUUGCCAACUGCGGAAAGGCUUACUUUGGUCGUAGUCAAAGCUAGAAAUUUACGUGGUUCUAACACUAUUCCUGGAGAUUUCUUUGUCAAGGUGUACCUGUUGCAACAAGGAAAGAAAGUGCACAAGAAAAAGACGUCUGUGAAAAAGGGAGAAAAGAGUCCUAUUUUCAACGAGGCAAUAAUAUUUAGUGUACCAGCUCAUGCACUACAGACAAUUCAAUUGAGACUGACAGUAGUAGAGGUGCACAACGAACAAUCUACAACCACUACUAGAACUAGUUCGGUAGGCCACGUUUUUGUUGGUUCCACAUCAGCUGGCAGAGCAUUAGGACAUUGGAGACAGAUGUUAACAGCACUGAGACGUCCCGUUGCUAUGUGGCAUCCAUUGAGAAAAUGAGAUCAACUGGACAUUGGGAGAGAGGAGAAGGUGAAGGAGGAGGAAGAGGAAGAGGAAGAGGAGGAAAAUAUACGAUGGAUAUAAAGAAAAAUAAAUUUAAAGCAACAUGAAGGAAAGAGAGAGAAAUCUAACGCUAACAGGCAAGAGCAUGAUGUGAACAAAUUAAAUUAGACUUUCUAUUCAUUUAGAUUUAUUACAUUAAAUGUUUUUUAUGCUACAUAUGUACAUCGUAUGUACGUUGAUAAACCAAACCAAACAAAACAAAACAAAACCAAAAGAAUGAUUAAAUAAUUUGUUUAACGUAGGAUUCAAGACCAUCGAUAUUUCCCCCGUGACUUCUACCAUUUAAUUGAUCAAAAUACGACUGAUUGUGUGACGAAGUGUCGCGAAUAUAUGCUAGAAGAACAUAAAACGAACAUAAAAAAAAAAAAAAGAAGAAAAAACAUUUUCAUUUACUUGAUAAAUGGAAUGAGCGAACAAUCAAUAUAUUAUAUUAUAUACAUUGUUAUUUUUCUUAUAAUUUCUAUGGUUUUGUCCGUUAUCAGGCACAAAAAUCAACAUAGAUUUUAAUUAAAUUAAAACCAAAAAAGAGUAAAUAUAUAUAUAUAAUAUAAUACAUGUAUAUGUGUUGGUGUUAUUUUGUAAAAUUCGUUCAUUCGUUCAAUGAUUAUUUAAACUAUCUAAAUCAUAACUAUACUGAUGUGAAAGAAACUAUAAUUAUAUACUUCAACCAGAUAAUAUAUAUAAAUUAACAAAUGGCUAGUAGUUAAGGUAUGAAAUUGAAAUUUGAUUAAAAGAUUGAAACCAAUUGAACAACACGACUAACAGAAUAUUGGUUUUUAAAGUACAGAAAGAGAUGAAAAUAGAUAACUACGAAAAUUGUUUAUAGAAAGACUUUAAAGAUGAAUCAAAUACUAAUUUAAGUGUCUAGUUAUUUUGGAUAAAAUCUAGGAUUCUCACGAUUUAAUUGAAUUAUACAAUUUAAUGCUGACACAUAUAAAAAGUACCAUUUUUUUCAGUUACAUUCAAAAUUAAAUUCACUCAUACAUAAACGUAUAAUAUAGGGUAUAUGCCCUACCUUUAGAGAUACACACACCAUAAACACAUAUACAUACAUUCCUGAAAAUACGAAUUCUUUUCGUGUCUGUCUACUUUUAUUUUUUUGUUUAAUUUUUUAUUCCUUUGUGUUUGUAUCCUUGUCUAUCAUUAGCUAGUUUGAACAAUAAAUAUUUGUUCGUUCAUACGAAUGACCUCGCGGAUUAAACAAUUCUCUAACUAUGAAUGAAAAAGGAACAAAAAACGAAAUAAUACAGAAAGAACGGUGAAGAACUCUUUGUUUUUUUUUCUUUUUUUUUUUUGAAUAAUCGACGAAAAGAAUAUGAGAAAAUAAUUUCGAAUAUUUUUCAAAAACAAAACGAAACGUAACGUUGCGUUGCGUUGUUGUGUCCACUAUAACACGGACUGUUAAUGUUUGUACAGAGUUUAUCAAUAACGUGCUCUUGAUGUGCGAAAAUAAAAUAAAAUAAAAUAAAAUAAUUAAAAUAAAGAAAUGAAAUGAUAAGAAAAUGAGAAAAAUAAAAAUAAAAGAAUGAUAAAGAAAUCACAUUAAAUGAAAGAAACUAUUUUCCCCCCUUGAAAGUCCUAAAAGUAAAAAGUAAUGAAAAUAUUAGAAAAUAAAAUGAAAAUAAAAUAAAAUAAAAUAAAAUAAAAUAUUAUUCGACAAUCGUGUUCGCUCCUUGGAUCGUGCUCUUUCACAAACACAUAUAUACAUAUACAUCACGAUGCUCUAACAAUCAGUUACCUUAAAAUCGAUCUUAUCCUAUAUCGAAGAUUUAAACUCUAUAUAUAUAUGUAUACAUACACAUAUAUAUCUGUUUCUGCACUUGGCGUCUAUGACCAAAUUAUACCAUCUCCUCUCUCUCUCUCUCUCUCUCUCUCUCUCUUUCUCUUUCUCUUUCUCAUAUUCUCUCUCUUUCUCUUCUUCUCAUCCCACUCCUAUUUCUAUUACUCUUACUCUUUCUAACAAAAUAAUAAAAAAUUCUCAUUUUAACGAUGAUAACAAAUCAAUUCUUGAUCACGAAAAAAUCGUAUCGAUGAGUACAGAUUUUAUUUAUGGUCAAAUGAU